CCGAACAAAACAAAUGUGUUAACCUUUGUGAAAAAAAAGGUUCACCGUACACAUUUACACAUAAUCAUCGAAUGUAUUUAUCCGGUCUUUUGACCUUUUGAUUAACCCGUUUGUUUUAAAUAUUCUACUACUCAUUUGUUCGUUCGUCUAUUCACCUUUUAAAUUCUGUUGUUCAACCCGAUUGGAUUUCAGUGAAAAUUUCAAUCAUUUAAAAACCACUAUUCAUUCACAUAUUGAUCAUUUUCAUUUAUUCAUUUGCAUCGGAAGCAUUUAGAAUCACUGUCAUCAUCAGUUUUUUUUUCUUCUCAUAAACAUGAAAUCUUUUCGGUUAUUAUCAUUGUCAUCAUUAUCAUCAUCCUGUUUAUCAUCAUCAUUAUGGUGUCUAUUCUUCCUCAUAAUUUGUCCAUCAUUGUCAUUAUCCAUCAAUUCAUCUGUUAUAUAUGAAGAUGAUUAUGAUGGUGGUGAAUCUAAACAAAAUGAAUUGGAAGUUCCACCACGAGGCAAUACUGAUGACAAUGGAUUAAAAUUGAUUUGUUAUUAUGGCAGUUGGGCUGUUUAUCGACCGGGAAGAGGAAAAUUUCCAGUAGAAGAAAUUGAUCCAUUUCUAUGCAGUCACAUCAUCUAUGGCUUUGCUGGUCUAAGCUAUGAUAAUAAAAUUCGUCCACUUGAUCCAUAUAAUGAUUUAAAAGAAAAUUGGGGCAAAGGUGCCUUUCUUCGAUUUACUGGAUUGAAGAAAAUUAAUAAAAAACUUAAAACAAUGAUUGCCAUUGGCGGUUGGAAUGAAGGAUCGGUCAAAUAUUCGAAUAUGGCAUCGAAUCCUGAAUCACGAAAAACAUUUGUCAAUUCAGUUAUGGAUUUUUUGGAACGUUAUGAUUUUGAUGGUCUUGAUUUUGAUUGGGAAUAUCCUGGAUCACGUGGUGGUAAACCUGAAGAUAAACGUAAUUUUGUCAUUCUAUUACGUGAACUUAAACAAGCAUUCGAACCAAAAGGUUAUAUAUUGAGUUCAGCUGUUGCAGCUGGAAAACAUUUUAUGGAUCCUGCAUAUGAUGUUCCUCAAAUGUCAAAAUAUUUGGAUAUUAUCAAUGUUAUGUGUUAUGAUUAUCAUGGUAGUUGGGAAACACGUACCGGACAUCAUGCACCAUUAUAUGGUCGACCAAAUAAUCCGGAUGAUUUUCAAUUAAACGUAAAUUUCUCCAUCAAUUAUUGGCUUGCCAAAGGUGCACCACGAAACAAAAUAGUUCUUGGCAUGGGAACCUAUGGUAGAGCUUUUACAUUGCGAAAAGCCGAAGAUCAUGAUGUUGGAUCAACUGCUCCUCAAAAAGGUCAAGCUGGCCCAUACACACGUGAAGGUGGUUCUCUGGGUUAUAAUGAAAUUUGUGAAAUGAAAAUGAAAUUAGGUGAUCGAAUGAAAAGCCAAUGGGAUCCAUAUUAUAUGUCUCCAUUUUCAUAUUGGGAUCGUCAAUGGGUUGGCUAUGAUAAUAUGAAAAGUAUUGAAAUCAAAGCUAACUAUGCAAAAGCGAUGGGUCUAGCUGGUGGUAUGAUAUGGUCAAUAGAAACCGAUGAUUUUGGUGGACAUUGUGGUCCAAGAUAUCCGUUAUUGAAUACAAUACGACGAGUGUUCCAAAGUCAAGAACCGCCAAGAAUGCCCAAACCAAGUGUUGAUCAAGGUCACGAUGAAUCAACACAUCGACCAAGUUCUACAUCACCAUUUCCUUCGCCAUCAACUAGAUCACCGCCUCCUCCAACAUCACCAAGACCAUCAUCACCACGGCCAUCAUCACCACGACCAUUUCCACCAUCUACAACAACAAGUCGAAUGCCAAGUAGUGAAACACCUACAACGACAACAAGAUGUAUUAGAACUAGUACUACUAGAGCAUCCGCAUCAAGUCCAAUCAUAACGACACCCAUGAUAACGACAACUACAACAACGACAACCAGCCAAAAACCAUGGAAGCCAUCAUCAUCGAUGACAACAACAUCAACAACAGCUCAACCUACAAAAAGGCCUGAUGAUUCAACAACAGGUUCAACUUGGUGGUCAAGUUCAACACCAUGGUGGCCACAGAAACCAUCACCAGGUGCAUCGGCCAGUUCAGAAAUGUGGUGGUCAUCAACAUUUCCAACGGUAAAUAGAAAAAUUAGCAUUAGUCCACAAAACAGUAUUGAAGAAAAAAUAACGACAGUAAAAAAUCCAUUCAAUUAUCCGGCAAAAGAUGAUGAUGAUGAAUUUAUUUGUGGUGAAGAAGGUUUAUAUAGACAACCAGAUGAUUGUACAAAAUUUAUACGUUGUGUGGAAACCAAAAUUGAAGGACAAUUUCAAUUAUUUUUCUAUGAAUGUCCAGAAAAGACUGUUUUCAAUAAUGAUUCAAAAUUAUGUGAUUGGGUUGAAAAUGUUCCCGAAUGUAUGAAAUCGGUACCACAUUAUUAUUUUCGUGGCAAUGUUUUUACCAUUAAAAAUACCAUACUACCAAAAGGAGCUUUGGAUCAUCCAAAAAAAUGAAAUGUGGUAAUGUAAUGGUAGAUUUUUUUUUCUUCUUUUUGUUUUUACGAUUAAA